CUCUGUCUUGUCUAUGCGUGCGUGUGUGUGUUUGCGAGUGAUUCAGUAAAACAUUAAUUUCAUAAAAAUCCCUUUGUUUAGUGAAAUACAUAAUUGUUCGUAAUUCAGUUAUCAUUAUGGAAAACGCUGAAGAGAUCCUGCAUUUCCUAGAAGAAUUUUCAAAGCGUAAGCCCAAGUCUAUACCGCAGGAACUCAAUGAAUACUUAGCGUACGUAGCACGAACCGGUGAUCCAGUCUACCAAUGGUCGCUUGUGAAGAGUUUAUUCAAGGAAAAGCUUCUCAAUGUUAUAACCGACUUCUACGAAACCACUCCAGGUUUAGACAUACCACCUUAUCCAAACGUAGAUCCAUUCAAUUACGACAUAAUGAAAAAUAUGCUUCUUGAAAGACUUGACGCCUUCACUGCAGCUCCAUUUACUGUACAGCGAAUUUGUGAGUUGCUGACAUAUCCCCGUAAGCAGUACAAUAGAAUAGACAAGUUCAUGCGUGCGGUAGAGAAGAACAUCCUAGUUGUGAGCACCCGGGAGCCAGGACACUUGCGUCAUGCCGAGCUCGAGAAUGGAGACCCCCUAGAGCCACUUGUGAACGGUUCUGAUAAUAAUUCCGAAUACAAUGUCGAUGUAGAGAUGGAAGACAUGUCUUGGAAAGAAAAUGCUGAACAGAAGCAAAAUGCUGAGCCACAGCCCAGCUCAUCUGAUGCACACAUUUCAGUAGAUGAUAUUGAAGCGAGACUUCAAGCCAAAGAAGAAAUGCCGAUGGAAAGUGUACAAGAAAAGCCUGCUGCACAAUAUGAAUCAGUUACUCCUCCUGAGCUCAAUGUUGCCAAUGAACAAGUUGACAAAGCUGCUGGUGAUGCUCCAAGUCUCGUGAAUAAACCUGUAACUGAGGAGAAAGCUGACAUUACAGAGCCCCCAAGCAUACCAACUGCUUCAGAAGAGCCAAAAAUGGAAAUAGAAAGCUCUGAAACUCCAACUGACGUUGCCACAGCUGAAACUACAGCCCCUCUUGUAAUCCCUGAAAUUACUGUUGAUGAUGCUGAAAUGACAGAACAGAAGCUCAUAAAGCAGGCUUCAGUAGAAUCAAUAGAAACUAAACCAGAACAGGAAAUCAUAGCGCCCACACCAGUGGCCAUACCUCCUGAAGUGAAAGAGCCAGUUAUUGAACCUCAGCAGCCUCAAACACUUGAUGAUAGCAGCUCAGACUCUAACAAGGAUGAAAUAAUUGAGCCCAAACUAAUAUCUGAAGUGUGCACCUCCAGUGAGGAAAGCUCUUCGUCCAGUGAUAUUACUGAUGGAAGCAGUAAUUCACCUAAAAAUGACAGUGAGAGUAGUAUGCCUGCACAAGAAGACUCAAAUCAAUCUGAAAUUAUAACUGAUGAGCCACCAAAAGUAGAGAAAGUGGAAGUUAAAGAAGCUACUCCAGAACCAGAAAAGCCUUGUGACGAAGAAAUCAAAAGUGAACCACCACAAGUUAUUCAAUCUGAAGAUUAUUCAAUAUCAGAUGUCAAAUCAGAGAUACCUCAGGUAACAGAAACAGAACCUGCUGUUGUGGCUGAACUGCCCCCAAAAUCUCCUGAAAUAGUCCCUGAGGUUGACAUGAAGGAGGAUGUGCCAGUAGAAACACAAACAAAGGAAGAAGUACCAGAAGAGCCAAAACCAGAAGUAGUAGCAGAAGCUGAACCAGAAAAGGUUGAAUCUUAAAUGGAUUAACUGUUAUUAGGAAUACCAUGACUUACCAUAUUUGAAGCUCAAAAUAAUAAGGGGCAUCCUAAUCUUUAUCAAUUUACCUCAACUUAAAAUUAUUGAAUUACAAGUAAGAUUUGCAUAGCAUGGCAAUGGCAUUACUAAUGAAUAAGUUGGAAUUUGUUGUGUGUAAUUUCCUCAGACUGAAUGACUGUAUUCCUGAACCCAGAUGAAGCUAGACAUACUCUGAAUCUGAAUAACUGUGGUGUGAUAGUCGAGUUUUUAUAUCAAAUUAGAAACUUAUGAUUUUAAGAUUAUAAUUUAGUUUAAUUAUAUUUGUAUGUGAAAUAAAACAAUGAAUUUGUAAAAAUUCGUGACUUUA